AUGGCUGUGCUCUCCUGUGGUUCUGUGUUCCUGAGCUAUGGCCCCUUGUGGCAGCAGAAUGCUGCCUUGCAGAGAUGUUGUGUGCGCACAUCACCUGCCCUUGCCGCUGAGUACAUACUUUUGCUAAAAAUUGCGUGCACCACACCGCAGUACUGCCCAACUGCAAACCUGCUGCACGACCCAACAUUACGUUUGUUGUGCACUGGGGUCCCAUGGAUCGCCCUCCACCCGCCCGAUGGGCUAUUCCCCAGAAUCGUGCAACCGCGUAGGCGGUCGGCGGGUUCUUACUUGUACCAGACCUAUUCACAAUCUUAUUCGUAG